UCGCGAGAGCCGAGCGCGCGGAAGCGGCGUGGCGUGUGCGGGGCUGUGUCGUGAGGGACCGUGAGGGCCGCGCCGGCUGCCGCAGGAUGCCGAGCGCCGCCGGCCGCAGGCAGGGCCAGGACCGCCGCACGGAGAACGAGGACUCGUCGGCGGCUGAUGAUUAUGCUAAGGAAAGAUAUGGAGUGUCAUCAAUGAUACAAUCCCAAGAGAAACCAGAUCGAGUUUUGGUUCGCAUAAAAGACUUGACGGUCGAGAAGGCUGAUGAAGAGGUUUGGGUUCGUGGCAGAGUUCACACCAGCAGAGCUAAAGGGAAGCAGUGUUUCUUAGUCCUGCGUCAGCAGCAGUUUAAUAUCCAGGCUCUUGUGGCUGUGGGACAGCAUGCAAGCAAGCAGAUGGUAAAGUUUGCUGCCAACAUCACCAAAGAGAGCAUUGUGGACAUUGAAGGCGUUGUGAGGAAAGCAUAUCAGAAAAUUGGAGGUUGUACUCAGCAAGACGUCGAGCUUCACGUUCAAAGGAUCUAUGUGAUCAGUUCAGCUGAACCCCGGCUGCCCUUACAGCUGGAUGAUGCUGUUCGACCAGAAGUGGAAGGAGAGGAGGAUGGAAGAGCUACUGUAAACCAAGAUACAAGACUGGACAACAGAAUCAUUGAUCUAAGGACCUCCACUAGUCAGGCAAUCUUCUGCCUUCAGUCUGGUAUUUGUCAGCUUUUCCGAGAAACUCUUAUUCGCAAGGGAUUUGUGGAAAUUCAGACUCCCAAAAUCAUUUCAGCUGCCAGUGAAGGAGGAGCCAAUGUGUUUACUGUAUCCUACUUCAAAACCAGUGCCUACCUGGCUCAGUCCCCGCAGCUGUACAAGCAGAUGUGUAUAUGUGCUGACUUUGAAAAAGUUUUCUGCGUCGGGCCAGUGUUUAGAGCUGAGGACUCCAAUACACACAGACACCUGACUGAGUUUGUUGGUCUGGAUAUUGAAAUGGCUUUUAAUUAUCACUAUCAUGAAGUGGUAGAUGAGAUUGCAGAUACCUUGGUGCAGAUAUUCAAAGGACUUCAGGAAAGAUUCCAAACUGAAAUUCAGACAGUGAGCAAACAGUUCCCGUGUGAGCCAUUUAAGUUUUUGGAGCCAACUCUGAGGCUGGAAUACCGUGAAGGUGUGGCCAUGCUUCGAGAGGCUGGUGUGGAGAUGGGUGAUGAAGAGGAUCUCAGCACACCUAAUGAAAAGCUCCUGGGACGCCUGGUAAAGGAAAAGUACGACACAGACUUCUAUAUUCUUGACAAAUAUCCUCUUGCUGUGAGGCCUUUUUAUACAAUGCCAGACCCAGCCAACCCUAAAACCUCUAACUCGUAUGACAUGUUCAUGAGAGGGGAAGAGAUCUUGUCUGGAGCUCAGAGAAUUCAUGACCCUCAGCUGCUGACAGAAAGAGCCAAGCAUCAUGGCAUUGAUUUGGAGAAAAUAAAGGCUUAUAUUGACUCCUUUCGGUUUGGUGCACCUCCACACGCAGGUGGUGGAAUAGGGCUGGAGAGGGUAACAAUGCUGUACCUGGGGCUGCACAACGUCCGUCAGACCUCCAUGUUCCCGAGGGAUCCCAAACGCCUGACGCCCUGACAGGAGCUGCUCUGAGAGUUGGGAAUGCCCUGCCCUGCAAAUAGGAUCUGACUGCAGGCAUAGCCCCUGCUGCUGAUGAACGUGUAUUGAUUGAUUUGAGCAUUAUGAUAUGCAAUUAAAAACGAAAUUCUCCUUUA